AUGAUUCGACAACCCGCUCACCGAAUCGAUCCAAAACGUCGGGCUAUCAUCGAUCCUAAAAAGAGACAGUUUGCCGCGCCCAUCUACAAGCAACACGACUACCCGCAUCGUCUGAACCUGUACGACACGCCGCCAACGGCAGAGAUCACGCUCGAGCAAUUUGAGCAAUGGGCAAUUGACCGACUUAAGGUUCUGGCCGAGAUCGAAGCAUGUUCAUAUCGUAACAAAACCCCCGCGGAGACCGCAACGCACAUCGGCCCCCUUCUCGACAAAUAUCUUCCCCUCAGUGCAAACACCUCAGCUUCCCAUGGUAUUGUGGACCAACGUCUAAAAAAUGAGCGCCAAAAAGAUCACUACUCCCAUUUUAUCCUUCGAUUGGCAUUCUCCGCCACCGAGGACCUCCGUCGGCGAUUCGCGCGCGCCGAAACAAUGCUCUUCCGAUUCCGCUUCCAACGAGAUGACUCCCGCGAACGACGAGCAUUCGUCGAUAGCUUGGACUUAGACUGGGAGCCAGUGUCUGAUGAAGAGCGGAAUGCGCUGGCCGACAGCUUGAUAAGCUCAACCCCAGGAUUGCGUCGGUUGGAUGAAGAAACGUGGUAUAAAGUAGACUGGGAAAAGGUUCCUGAACUGGUGGAACGUCGUACUGUCUUCUUGAAGAAGGGUAAGGCCUAUGUUCCUGCAAGAGAGCAACUUGCCAUGAUUAUGGCCGAGUUCACCGCACGCCUCGAACGGUCGCUUGAGCUCACAAGCCGAGCCCUGCCGCGUUUAGACGAGGACGACCGCCUGACCCCCAUCUUGAACCACCUUUCCAAGAAUUUCGGCAGUGCUGACUCGACAUUCACCGAGGGCGAGGGACAUGUCGAUGGGACAGCAAUUACAGCCAGCUCCAUCGAUCAACUCUCCCAGCACUUCCCGCUAUGCAUGCGCAGCCUGCAUGUCAACUUGCGGAAAAACCACCACUUGAAGCAUUUUGGACGACUACAGUAUACGCUCUUCCUCAAGGGUAUCGGUAUGUCAUUAGAAGAGUGUAUCCUGUUCUGGCGCCAGUCCUUCCGAGGAAAAACGGACGACGAAUUCAACUCCCAAUAUAAGUACAAUAUUCGCCACGCUUAUGGUGAUGUCGGUGGUGAUGCCCGUCGGGGUCGUGGAUACCCGCCCUAUUCUUGUCAGAAGGUUUUGGGUGAUAACAACGUGGGCAUUGGUCAAUCUCACGGAUGCCCAUACCGCCAUUAUUCUGUCGAUAACCUUGUUGGCCUGCUUCAGUCAACGGGCGUCGAUGAUAAGGGUAUCUUGCGUGAGGUACGAGAGGAUGUUGGCAGACAACGAUAUCAUAUUGCCUGCAAUCGGGUCUUCGAGUUUUCGCACAAAAAUGAGAUUAAGAAGGUCAAGGAGGAUGGAACAUGGAGUCAAGCUGAUCUGGACACCAUUGUGCAUCCCAAUGUCUAUUUCAAGCGCAGCUACCUGUUGAAACAGCUCGCCAAGGCCCCUGGUCGAGACUAG